GUGGAGGGGAGCGGACCGUCAGCAUCGUCCUCGGCGGCGGCUGUAGCAUCUAAGCCAUCAGUGUGGAGACUUCUCCGGACGUCGCUGCAGACCUGGUGUGACACCUUACAAGAAGGGACUUGCUGAGGGACACCAUGUGGGAGGACUCCGCACAGUGACCGCUGCAGUGAGCCAGCUCUUCUGUAGGUGAUGUGAUACCACCGUGGCCCCUGGAGCUGGAUGUCACUGUCCUGGGAGAGCCCUGCUGAGCUCUAGGAAUUCUUGACUCUGCUACGUUCCUCCCCAUAAAGGACUACACCCCACCAGGCUGAGCAUCCUCCUGCCUGUAGUGACUGCAGCUGCCUGGCUCCAGUGCACUGCCACCCACUGCCUCACUAUCUCCAUGUAGAAGCAUCCACAUCCUGGACAUGCCCUCUAACAGCUCCCCUGCCUUCUUCAUGUCCUGGGGCUCCCCCGUGCCCCUCUUGUCAUAUGGAUACUCAGCAGCCUCAUACAUGAUGUGCUAGCUGGUGCUUGGGCUUCUUACUGUGAGGUGCCCUCAGCCAUUCAGGACAAGAUCUCAAGGGCUUUUUUGCCUGGUGAACUGUGCAUGUUGUUUCCCUUGCCUGUGGUCACUAUUUUUCAUUUCCACAAGUUUAUUUCUUGGCCUCUCAGCGUAUCCCAUCCACUGAGGACAUGGAGUGGCCCUGUAGGUAUCCCUGGUGGCAUCUUGGAAUUGUCUUCUUUGUGCAUUGGGCAGCUGGAGACAUGGGGAACAAAGCCAAGAGCUGUGAAGCGGUGAGACAGGUGUAUAAUGCCAAAGGCUUCAGCCUAAAUGGAGUCCCUCAGUCAGAAAUAUCAGGUGAACAUCUGAGGAUGUGUCCACAAGGUUACACCUGCUGCACCUCCGACAUGGAAGAAAACUUUGCCAAUAUCAGCAAGAUGGAGUUUGAGAACUCGCUGAGACAAUUCAGCCUGUCCGUCCAGGACCAACUCUUCGCACAGACCCGAAACUUUGACAGAUACUUCCAGGACCUACUGAAUAAAUCAGAGCAGAUUCUUCUGGAAACAUUUCCCGCCCAGUAUGGGGAACUUUACACCCAAAAUGAUGGGAAGAUUUUCAAAAACUUGUACAUAGAGCUCCGUCAGUAUUACCGCGGGCCGGCAGUGAAUCUGGAGGAGGCACUGACAGAGUUCUGGAGCCACCUGCUGGAGAGAGUGUUCAAGACACAGAACUCACAGUACCCCUUUUCUUACGAGUAUAUGGACUGCUUGGCAAAGCAAUACGACCAGCUUAAGCCAUUUGGGGACAUUCCACGUGAAAUGAAAUUAAAAGCGACCAGGGCGUUUAUUGCUGCCCGAUCGUUUGUCCAGGGACUUGGCGUUGCUGCUGACAUUGUCAGGAAGGUCACCCAGGUCCCUAUGAGUGGAGAAUGCAUACGUGAAGUUAUGAAGCUCAUGUAUUGUCCUCUCUGUCGUGGCCACUCCAACAUCAAGCUGUGUGAUAAUUACUGCUGGAACGUCAUGCGAGGAUGUCUCGCUAAUCAAGCAGAUUUGGACCCCGAGUGGCGGAAUCUGGUUGAAUCCUUAUUGCUGGUGGCGGGCAAGUUUAAUGGAGUUACCGGUGUGGAGAACAUUGUGGGAACCAUUCACACAAAGAUCUCAGAGGCCAUUACCCAUAUGCAGGAGAACAAGGAGGUCAUAAAAAACAAGGUGUUUAAAAGUUGUGGAAAUCCCAAAAAGGGCAACAAGGGCUCCAAGACAGAGGAGAGAAAAAGAAAAGGCAAAGCAGCUCCAGAAGAUAAAUACACAGUUCCCAGUAUGGACAACCUGGUUUCUGAUGUAAAAGUAAAGCUCACGGAAAUCCAAGAUUAUUGGGUAUCUCUACCUAACAUAUUCUGCAGUGAAAAGGUCAUAGCUGGUCCAGGCAAUGAAGACAAGUGCUGGAAUGGAAUGUCCAGAGCAAGGUGGAUAGUCAUCUUGCUCUGGGGACAGUUGGAUGACAGCCCAUGA